AUGAUAAAGGGUCUGAUUCAAAGUGCUUUUCUUAAAAGCAAAAAAAAUAAUGAAGAAAAUUACUUAAAAUAAAAUUCUAAAGAACAUAAAGAUUCUGCUCCUAUUAAAAAUCCUAAAAAAGCAUAUGAAGAAUUGAGAUCUUUGGCUUAGAUCAACACUCAUGUUGGUUAAUUAAAUGGAGUUAAAGGCGUUUAUAUAUAAGAAGUAUUUACUCUUAGCAAUAUGUUUUCUUGGAACACUUCUAAUGUUUUUGAAAUACACGAAGGAGAUUCUUAAGGAAGACGACUUUAUUCAGAUUCUAAGCCUAUUUUAUAUUCAGUUGCAAAAUUAGAAGCCUGCUGCUCUUGUAAAUGCUCAGAAGCAGGAGCUAGCGAAAUGGCUAUCACUACUCAGCUUAAUGAUACCUCUAGUGUAGCUCCAUAUCUCUUUUUACAAGAAAGAAAUAACUGUUGUGGUUAUAAUUCUUGUCUUAUUUCUAUAAAUGAUAAUGGUAAUGGAACUUAGGUUGGAAAAAUAUAACUAGGCUAUUGUAAUUCAAUGACAGUAAGCAGUAAUUAUACAAAUGGUCUUGAAAUAAAGUAUCCGAAGUGCCAAUGCUCUUGUAAUUAAGUUAAUUAUUCUGUAUCAGAUGAUGAUGGAAAUAAAGCAGUUCUCAUCUAAAAAACUAACUGUUGUAAUUGUAAUAAUCCUUAUACUUAUGAGUUAGGCUUUCCUCCUAAUUACAACUAAGAUUAAAACUAAAUUCUAUUAGCUUCUACAAUAUUUUUAGGUUAUGUAAAUUAUUAACAAAGAAAGAAUGAUAAUAAUUGA